CCAGCAUCAAUCUUCAAGUUUUUGCUCCAAUUUUGUGUGAAAUCUGCUGUUCUCUCUCUCAUGGGUUCAAGAAGGGCUGGAAGGAAAAGAAAACAAGUGGGAAAUUCAAGUGUUGGGGGUCAGGCUUGGGAAGAAGGUAACAUCUUUGAUUCUAGUCCCUUUUGGGAGAAGGAAGCUUCUCAAAAGUAUGAAGCUGUCAAGAAUUUGUCUGUUUUACCCUGCAAUAAUGUGAAGUUUAGUCAGUUUCCUCAAGGUGAUAUGAAUGUAAAGGCGAUAUUUAGUGAAAUUGGGUGGAUUAGUUUUUUAGAGAUUAAGGAGCUCGUGUAUAAUGAUGUGGUUCAUCAAUUUUAUGCAAAUCUGAAACCCAAAAAGAAGAAGUGUAAAACAAUGGUUUCUGGGAUGUUGGUGAAAUGGAACAACAUUGAUCUCGCACCGUAUAGGCUUGGGGAGAUUAAAGCUGGGAUUACACUCAACAUAACUUCUUUUGAAAAAUUGCAAUGUGAGUUAAGGAAUGGCAUUUGGAGGAAGAAACAGGAUCAAGAGAUGAGAGGGAGGAUGGAUACCAUGGAUGGAAAGCUUGAUCAGCUUGUUAACCACUUUUUCCCUCCACCCCCAACCAGUGCCACCUAACUUGCUAUUUCUCUUUUGGCUAAUCUUUAGGAUAGACAUCUUAGGCACAUGCAUUUUCAUUUUUAAAUUGUCUUUAUUCUACUUUCUUGUGUUUGGUGGCUAAGACUAAAUGCUACUUUGUUAAAUAUGAUGCCCUUUUAAUGUUCUAUAAUUGUGAAUUUUAAUGAAAUGUGACCUUGGUA